UCUAAAGGGAGCUCCAUCCUGAUCGCAAAUGGUUUCUCUGUACUUCCUCUGUUUGUCAUUUGCUUCAGAAGCCGGCGCCAAGAUUGGGCCCCACACUCUCCCGAAUUCCUUUCCUUGUUGAACGAUGGCAGAAUCGAAUAUGCUCUUUCUUCUUUUGCUUCUUCCUUAUUCUCUCCGAACCUGUUUUGAAUUCUGUCCUUGAUUCUUGCUUCUUCCCCAAGGCCUCCCUCUGUCUCUCUACCGACAGCCCCAAAGAGAAAAAGCUCUCUCUUUUUUUUUCUUUUUUUUCUUGGGAGAUAUCCUUUAAGCGGAUUUAGUGAACAGACAUGUCUGCGUGGGUUAUGAAGGCUGUCCAGUAUGAGGGCUAUGGUGGGGGAGCUGCUGCCCUCAAGCACGUGGAACUUCCAAUUCCUCGUACGAAGAAAGAUGAGGUCUUGAUCAAAGUGGAAGCAGCGAGCUUAAACCCCGUCGACUGGAAGAUUCAAAAGGGCCAGUUGAGACCGCUCUUCCCUCGAAAGUUCCCUUACAUACCCGCCACGGACAUAACAGGGGAGGUCACGGAGGUCGGGAAAGGAGUCAAGAAUCUCAAGGCUGGGGACAAAGUCGUAACACAGCUUAGCCACUUCAGUGGAGGCGGGCUAGCUGAGUUUGCCAUCGCAAAGGAGAGCUCGACAGUCCCGAGGCCCCAUGAAGUCUCAGCCGCAGAGGCUGCAAGCCUUCCCGUUGCGUGCCUCACAGCCCACCAAGCCCUGACACAAUCAGCAGGCCUCAAACUAGAAGGCGGAGCCACUGAUCACCAGAAGCAGGUAAAUGUCCUCGUCACGGCCGCCUCCGGUGGUGUGGGUCAUUACGCUGUCCAGCUGGCGAAGCUCGCGAAUGCCCAUGUGACUGCCACCUGUGGGGCCCGCAACAUUGAGCUCGUGAAGAGCCUGGGGGCUGAUGAUGUCCUUGAUUACAAGACUCCAGAAGGGUCGAACCUGAAGAGCCCAUCUGGACGGAAGUACGACAUUGUUGUCAACUGCACGACUGGCAUUCCUUGGUCCACCUUCGAGCCCAACCUGGGGCCCCACGGGAAGGUCAUCGAUAUAACUCCAGGACCUGCUUCAGUGAUGACCUCUGCGCUGAAGAAGAUCACGUUCUCAAAGAAGACCAUAGUGCCACUGCUGUUGAUGGCGAAGCGGGAAAAUCUGGAGCUUGUAGUUGGGUUGGUGAAGGAAGGGAAGCUGAAGACUGUGAUCGACUCGAAGCACCCUCUCUGUAAAGCCGAGGAAGCCUGGGCUAAGAGCAUAGAUGGUCAUGCAACGGGGAAGAUCAUUGUUGAGUCUUAAAGCGAACUUUAGAUGGUUCGAUCUGACCCUGUGUUUCGAUUCCGUAAAUUUGCAAGGUGUUCUUGUUUAUGUAUAUGCGUGUCAAGUACUAUCUAGGUGAAUUCUUCUGUGGGAAUAUUUGGAAAGUAUGUAACCAAAUAUGCGCUUCGAGUCCAUUGGAUCUUGACUUUCAUAUGAUAUAUGAAACGCUGUUUCUUUCGGGAA